AUGCAAAACUGGCAGAGUUUUUGGUCAGUUGUUACAAGAACCAAUGAUGCUAAUAAAGUCACGGGGAUUUUUGUUAUAUUAUGCUCCAUUUUUGUGGUAAUUGCUACCUUGUUCACAAGCUUGCAUGUGAGAUAUGUAUAUCUUGGUGUCACGACAAAUGAGCUAGAUAAAUGGUCAGAAAUUGAACAUCUUGUCGAUAUUGGUGUUUUGUAUAAAGUUCUGCCACCCAUAGAAGAGGAGACUUUUGUCGAGAAGGGUUUUCUCACUGGGGAGCCGGUAUAUAUUAGUUUGAAAGAUGAAAGAAUUUUAAAUGUGGAUGAGGUUUCAUUAGUACCUGUUGAGUCUGUGGUUAGUGAUAUAAACAAUAUAUACGAUAAGGGAUUCUGGGAAAACCUUAGAGAAAGGCUUCAAAUUUAG